CCUGGAUUGGUGUAGACGAAUUAGUGUCACCCUUUCUCCAGUCGUUUGCCAAACCUUAGUGAACAACUCUGGAAGACGCGCUGUACUAUUCUGGCUCCCGUUUUCAAGUCGAGUUCGUGCAUAAGAUAAAAAUACCUUCAUGGGCAACAAGAGAUUUUGCUAUGGAUGCUGGAAAGGGGCAGAGGAUGAUAAACAGAGCACAAGGAGCUUUGUGGAGGGUUACAGACACAGGGAUUUGCCUAUCAACAGUUUCAAUUUCCUGGGCAAUUCCCACAGACUGCAUCAGCAAUUGUGUACAGCCCUGACGCCUGACUCCAGUUUGCAUUGUGCUGCACAGCGCCAAUGACUCUGGCAUUCGGACCAUGAGUGCCUCUCAAUGGAAGAAUGAUGGAAUGGAUCUAAAUAUGGGCUGUGGGGCUGGCAUGCCACUUUCCUUCCUCUGCCUUGCCCUCCUGCUGUUCCAGCUCUACAGCUUUAAUUGCAAGGGUCACCAGUUUCAAGAACGAGCUUUGCCUGCAACCUUCCAGUUUACACAUUUUCUAUAUAAUGCCACUAUUUACGAGAACUCUGCUGCAAGGACUUAUGCCAACAGUAAAGUUAAAAUGGGGAUAAGCUUGACUGAUCCAUCAUGGGACAUUAAAUACAGAAUUAUUUCUGGAGAUGAAGACAGCUUCUUCAAAGUAGAAGAAGUUUCACUAGGGGAUUUCUGUUUCCUAAGGAUAAGGACUAAGGGAGGUAAUUCUGCCAUACUGAAUAGGGAGGUUCAGAACCACUAUUCACUUGUUGUGAAAGCUGCCAUUAAAGGGGAAGCUCUGGAGGCGUGGACAAAAGUAAAUAUUCAAGUUUUGGAUAUGAAUGAUUUGCGGCCUUUAUUUUCUCCAACAACGUAUUCUGUAACAAUUCCUGAAAACACACCAUUGAGAACAAGUAUUGCUCAGGUGACAGCAACUGAUGCAGAUAUAGGAUCAAAUGGAGAAUUUUAUUACUAUUUUAAAGAUAGAGUUGACAUUUUUGCUGUACAUCCAACUAGUGGUAUUGUUUCUGUCAGUGGCAAACUGAACUAUGAUGAGAGAAGCCAAUAUGACCUAGAGGUUUUAGCAGUGGAUCGUGGAAUGAAACUUUAUGGAAACAAUGGAGUAAGCAGUACAGCAAAGCUAGUCAUUCAUAUUGAUAGGUUUAAUGAACAUGCCCCAACAUUAAGCGUAGUGUCACAUGUUCCUUCCUUGAUGGACAUUGAUCCUAUCUAUGCAAUUAUCACCACAGAUGACCUGGAUGAUGGAAUUAAUGGUGAAAUUGAAUCAGUAUCUAUUGUGGCGGGUGAUCCUUUAGAACAGUUCCAUCUUGUUAGAACUGGGUUAGGAAGCAGGGAAUAUUGGAUAAAGUUAGCAAAGACAGUGAAUUGGGAAGACAUCCCUUAUGGCUAUAAUCUUACUCUUCAAGCAAAAGAUAAGGGAACUCCUCAAAAAUUCUCUGCAGUGAAAAUUGUACAUAUUAAAAAUCUGGAGGAAAAUGAAAACCAAGUAUCCUUUGCAGAGGAUGCCUAUGAAGUGAAAGUGAAUGAAUUUGCUCCCCCUGGAGUAGUAGUUGUUGCUGUUAAGCUAAAGCCUGAACCACAGAAUGUGAAAUAUAAUCUUGGUGAAACUGAAGAUGCUCAGUAUUUCUCCAUUAAUCCUCAUACUGGCCUGGUCACCACGACACAGCAUAUACGCAUCCUUGAGAGAGAGUAUUUCAUAUUGGAGGUGAUGAGCAAUGUCAGUGAAAUGAAAGUUCAAGUUGUGAUAAAAGUAGAAGAUGCCAAUGAUCAUACACCAGAAUUUCAUCAACUAUCAUACGAGACAUCAAUCAAUGAGAGCAUGCCUAUUGGUAGCAGUGUUUUAGUUGUUACUGCGACUGAUAAUGAUCAAGGAGAAAAUGGAUAUGUGACAUACAGCAUUCGCAGCCUGAACCCAUUACCUUUUGUAAUAAACCAGUUUACAGGUAUCAUCAGCACAAGUGAACUGCUGGAUUUUGAGUCUUCACCUCGGAGUUAUAGGUUUUUUGUUCGGGCGUCAGAUUGGGGUUCACCUUAUCGACGUGAGAAUGAAGUAAAUGUAACUGUAAAUGUGGAAAAUGUGAAUGACAAUAAGCCCCUCUUUGAAAAAGUGGACUGCCGAGGAGUGAUUUCCCAUGAGUUUCCUGUUGGGGAACAAAUAACUACAGUCUCAGCUAUUGAUGUUGAUGAACUGGAAUUGGUAAAAUAUAGGAUAGUCUCUGGCAAUGAACUUGGAUUCUUUGACCUAAAUUCUGACUCCGGUGUGCUUUUCCUGUCAAAAACAUUGGACAGUGCAAAUCCAAAAGAUGGCCGCUUUACACUUCAGAUAACAGCUACGGAUGGAGAGAAUAUUGCUGAUCCUAUGUUUCUUAAUAUUUCAUUGGUAGAUGGUAAGCCAACUACGAAGGACUAUUCGUGCAGAGAAACUGGAGUUGCGAAGAGACUAGCUGAAAAAUUGCUCAAAAUGGUAAAAGUAAACAAUAAGCCAAAAAUGGAGGACUUAUUCCUCGAUCUCUAUUCAAUUAACAGGCAGUCGCCACAGUUUGAUAAAUCAUUUCCUUCUGAAGUAGCCAUUAAGGAAGAUCUUCCCAUUGGCAGUACUAUUGUUAAGAUCCCAGCCUCUGAUGCAGAUAGUAGCUUCAAUGGCAAAGUUGUAUACACCAUCUCUGAUGGCAAUGUUGAUAGUUGUUUUAAUAUUGAAAUGGAAACAGGAUGGCUAACAGUUCUGAUGCCAAUGGAUCGUGAAUUAACUGAUAAAUACAUUCUUAACAUCACUAUUUAUGAUUUGGGGUCUCCUCCAAACUCUGCCUGGAGACUGAUGACGAUUCAUAUUCAGGAUGCUAAUGAUAACAAGCCUCGUUUUUUGCUGGAAAGUUACUCCGUUAGCAUUCCAGAGGAUACAGUUAUUGGUACAGAAAUAGUUCAGAUUGAGGCUACGGAUGAAGAUUUGGCUUGCAACAGUGAAAUAAUUUACACACUAUUAACACACACACCCCAGUUUGCUAUUAAUGCCUCAACUGGCAUUGUUUAUGUCACUGAGUUGCUUGAUCGGGAAUUGAUUGCUAACUGUACUCUGAAAGUAGAAGCCCGUGACCAAGCUGACUCUGGUCCUCAACUAUAUUCUGUGGUAGAUCUGGAGAUCAUUUUUGUGGAUGUUAAUGAUAAUGCUCCCCAUUUUGUUCCUUCAAGUUAUUUUGUUAGGGUGCUUGAAGAUAUGCCUGUCAGUGCUGUGGUAACAUGGCUUGAAGCUCAUGAUCCUGACCUCGGUUUAGGUGGUCAAGUGCGCUAUUCUUUGGUGAAUGAUUAUAAUGGGAAGUUUGAAAUUGACCGAAUCAAUGGAGCUGUACGUCUUUCAAAAGAGCUGGACUUCGAAAAACAGCAAUUCUACAAUCUGACAAUUCGUGUUAAAGAUAAAGGCCGGCCCAUAUCAUUGUCCUCAGCAUCUUUUAUAGAAAUUGAAGUAGUUGAUGUGAAUGAAAAUCUUUAUGCACCACAGUUUUCGGAAUUUGCUACAAUGGCAUCUGUGAAGGAAAAUGCACCAGUUGGGACAAGUGUUCUGCAAGUGACAGCAAAAGAUGGUGAUGAUGGAAGGGAUGGACAGAUUCGGUACUCUAUCCGGGAUGGCAGUGGUCUUGGUCGUUUCACUGUAAAUGAGAACACAGGUGUUAUUAAUACAGCUGAUGUACUCGAUCGUGAAACAACUUCAUCCUAUUGGCUGACUGUGUAUGCUACUGACUAUGGAGUUGUUCCGCUAUUUUCAUCUAUUGAGAUCUACAUUGAGAUUGAAGACAUAAAUGACAAUGCGCCAAUAUGUUCUCAACCUAUUUAUCAUCCGUCAAUUAUGGAAAAUUCUCCCAAAGAUGUUCCCAUUGUUCAGAUUCAGGCCUAUGAUCCAGACUCCAGUUCUAGUGAUAAAAUGACCUUUAGGAUUACAAGUGGGAAUCCCCAGAAUUUCUUUACUAUUAACCUGAAGACAGGUCUGAUCAUGACUACAUCAAGGAAACUGGAUCGAGAACAGCAAGCAGAACAUGUUCUGGAGGUAAUGGUGACAGAUGGCAGUUCUUCUCCAAAGUACUCCACUGUGUGGGUGAUGGUACAUGUGUUGGAUGAGAAUGAUAACAAGCCCCUGUUUCCUCAGAAAGUAUAUCAAAUUAAACUUCCAGAACGGGACCGCAAAAAACGGAGUGAGCCAAUUUAUAGAACAUUUGCAUUCGAUAAGGACAAAGGCCCCAAUGCAGAAAUCUCCUAUAGCAUCGUGGAUGGAAAUGAUGAUGGGAAGUUUUUUAUUGAUCCUAAAACUGGGAUGGUGUCUUCCAGAAAACAGUUUUCAGCUGGAAACUAUGACAUCCUAACUAUAAAGGCAGUGGACAAUGGAAGACCACAGAAGUCUUCUACUGCACGUUUGCAUAUUGAGUGGAUUAAGAAACCAGAACCAUCUUCCACUCCCCUUAGUUUUGAUGAACCAUUUUACAACUUUACAGUGAUGGAAAGUGACAGAGUGAAUGAAAUUGUAGGUGUGGUCACAGUUCAACCAAGUAACAUACCUCUUUGGUUUGAUAUUGUGGGUGGAAAUUAUGAAAGUGUAUUUGAAAUAGAGAAGGGUGUUGGCACACUUGUUAUCGCAAAGCCGCUGGAUACUGAGCACAGGGCCACAUAUAAUAUGACUGUGGAAGUCACAGAUGGAACAAACUCAGCUACCACGCAGGUAUUUGUCAGAAUACUUGACAAUAAUGAUAAUGGACCUGUCUUCUCCAAGCCAAGCUAUGAUGUUACUAUUUCUGAAGAUGCUGCCAUAAAUACUGAAAUUCUACACAUCAAAGCUACUGACAGGGAUGAGAAAAGCAAGUUAACAUACUCCAUACACAGCAGUAUAGAUCCCAUAAGUCUGCAUAAAUUUCAUCUUGAUCAUAGUACGGGAAUGUUGAGCAUAGCUGAAAAGUUGGAUCAUGAAGCACAGGCUCAGCAUAGUUUAACUGUAAUGGUCCGAGAUCAAGAAUUCCCAUAUCGACGUAAUUUGGUACGAGUUAUAAUAAAUGUAGAUGAUGCCAACGAUCACGUCCCCUACUUCACUAGUGCUGUGUAUGAUGGUUCAGUUUUUGAGUCUGCUACCUUUGGCUCUGCUGUUCUGCAAGUUACAGCCCUGGACAAGGACAAAGGUCAAAAUGCUGAACUACUGUACAGUAUUGAAAGUGGAAACAAUGAAAAUACUUUUAAAAUUGAACCAGUUUUGGGAAUUAUUACUGUUUCUAAAGAACUUGAUCUCUCAUCCCUUGGACAGUACGUUUUGACUGUUAAAGCUUCUGAUCAAGGCUUCCCAGCACUUUCUGCUACUGCAAUUGUACAUGUCUCUGUGACUCUUUCGGACAAUGCACAACCGAAGUUCCUUGAGAAAGAAUACACAAUCGAGAUCAAUGAAAAUGCCCGUACUGGGACUUCAGUGAUUAUGAUCUCAGCAGUGAGUAAAUCCAGUAUAGUUUAUGAAAUAAGAAGUGGAAAUCCAGAAAGUGUCUUCACAAUAAACCCUUAUUCUGGAGUCGUUAGUGUUCAGAAAGCGCUUGAUUAUGAGCACAUUCCCUUCUAUCAGCUGAUUGUUCAGGCAUCCAAUAUGGCAGGAAUGUCUUCAAAUGUUACCGUCAGUAUUCAUGUUGUUGAUGAAAAUGACAAUCUUCCAAUAUUUCUGCAUUCACAGUACUCUGGCAGCAUUAGUGAGGCUGCUCCAGUCAACAGUGCUGUGUUGAUUACUGGCAACAAACCACUUGUUAUAAGAGCCGCUGAUGCUGAUUGUAACCAGAAUGCAUUGCUUGUCUAUCAAAUUGUUGAAUCUACGGCAAAGAAAUAUUUUUCAGUUGAUUCAAAUACAGGUGCAGUCAGGACUAUAGCACAUCUAGAUCAUGAAACGAUUCCAAUUUUCCAUUUUCAAGUGCAUGUCAGAGACAGCGGAAGUCCACAGCUCAUAGCUGAAACUCCGGCAGAGGUUACCAUUUAUGUGAGUGACGUCAAUGACUCUCCACCAAAAUUCAGCCAAGACGUUUAUGAAGCUGUUCUUCUUCUGCCAACAUAUAGUGGUGUUGAGGUUCUCACUGCGUCAGCCACAGAUCCAGAUUUUCAAAUAUUAUCAGAAUUAACUUAUACACUGACUGAUGGAAAUACAGGAAACUAUUUCUUGAUUGAUCUGAAAAGUGGAUUGGUCACUGUAAGGAAUCACACUCUUAUUGAAGAACUCUAUAGACUUACUGUUCGUGUAUCUGACGGGACUUUCAGCAGCACAGCUCUGAUAAAAAUAAGAGUGAAAGAUGCAAUUGACAGUGGUCUGCAAUUCACUCAAAGUUUCUAUUCUUCUUCCAUCUUGGAGAAUAGCACGGAAAUAAAAAAAGUAGCAGUGGUAAAUGCAGUGGGUAACAUGCUUAAUGAGCCACUGAAAUAUCGGAUACUGAAUCCUGGUGACAAGUUUACAAUUAAAUCUACUUCAGGAAUUGUGCAAACAAAGCCUGUGUCAUUUGACAGGGAAGAACAAGAGUUUUAUGAGUUAGUAGUGGAAGCAAGUCGUGAGCAUGAUCCCUGGUGUGUUGCAAGAGUAGUCAUUCAAGUCCAGGUUGAAGAUAUUAAUGAUAAUCCCCCAGUAUUUAUAGGCCUGCCUUAUUAUGCUGCUGUUCAGGUUGAUGCAGAACAAGGUGCUAUUAUUUAUCACAUUACAGCUGUUGAUCAUGACAAGGGUAAAAAUGGGGAGGUAACUUAUUUUCUUAGGGAUGGAUAUGGUCACUUUGAGAUUAAUCAAUAUACAGGUAUUGUUAUGUUAAAGAAACCGUUUGAAUUUGAUUUAUCCAAUGUUGAAUAUAAUGUUAUAGUCAUUGCCAAAGAUGGAGGUUCUCCUUCUCUUUCCACAUUUGCGGAACUGCCUAUCACAGUAGUUAACAAAGCAAUGCCUGUCUUUGAAAAACCCUUUUAUUCAAGAACUGUAAAUGAAGACAUACAGGCGUUCACCCCCGUCCUCAGUAUCAAUGCAUCAAGUCCUGAAGGUCAAAAUCUAAUAUAUACCAUUACUGAUGGAAAUUCCUUAAAUCAAUUCAGUAUAAAUUUUGAUACAGGCGUCAUUAGUGUCAUUCGCCCUCUGGACUAUGAAACUGAAUCCAGCUAUAAAAUAACUGUUAAGACAACAGACUCUCUAACAGGUGCUCAUGCUGAGGUGACUGUGGAUAUAUCUGUAAUCGAUGUUAAUGACAACCCUCCAGUUUUUGAAAAAACUAAGUAUGAAGCAACCCUUUCUGAAUCCUCAAUGGUUGGAACCCCCGUACUGCAAGUCAUAGCUUUGGAUGCAGAUUCUGAAAACGGAAGACUAAUACGCUAUCAGAUUGUCCAGGACAAUUUAAACAGCACAGACUACUUUCACAUAGACAGCACAAGUGGAUUGAUUUUAACAUCGCGCAUGCUAGACUAUGAGCUCAUUCAACAAUAUAAUUUUAUAGCCAGAGCAACAGACAGUGGCAUUCCCCCAAUGAGCACUGACGUCCCAGUUGUUGUUUAUGUAACUGAUAUGAAUGAUAGCCCCCCAGUCUUCAACCAGCUUCUCUACGAGUCCUAUGUGAAUGAGCUUGCACCACGUGGUCAUUUUGUAACAUGCGUCCAGGCAUCUGAUGCAGAUAGCUCUGAUGCUGAGAAAUUAGAGUACAGUAUCCUAUCUGGUAAUGAUCAUAUGAAUUUUGUCAUGAACAACAAAAGAGGCAUUAUUACGCUUUCCAACCAUCGCAAGCAAAGAAUGGAUUCUGGGUACAACUUGAAUGUUUCUGUAUCAGAUGGGGUUUUUACUAGCACUGCUCAAGUGCACAUCAGUGUACUUGGUGCGAAUUUAUAUAGUCCUGUCUUUUCAAGCAAUGUGUAUGUGGUGGAAAUGAGAGAGAACUCUGCCAUUGGAAGCAAGGUGAUUCAGGCAAUGGCUACUGAUGGAGAUUCGGGAGAAUAUGGGAACAUUAAUUACUUUAUAGUGAAUGAUUUUGCAAGAGAUCGGUUCUCUAUUAAUUCUGCAGGUCAGAUUAUUGUAACUGAAAAGCUAAACAGAGAAUUUCCUCUGGAGAGAGAGAUUAAUGUUACAGUGAUGGCUGUCGAUGGUGGUGGUAGAGCAGCAUAUUGCACUGUGAAAGUCAUUCUGGUGGAUGACAAUGACAAUGCUCCCCAGUUUAUGGCCUCAGAAUACAGGACAAGUGUCAAAGCAGAUGUGACAAAAGGGUCGUUGAUCAUCCAGGUGGAGGCCUUUGAUCUGGAUGAACAGGAAAAUGCAAAGAUCAUAUACUCAUUGUAUUGUGAAGAAUCAGAUUAUGUAGAAACUGCAGUAGACAUCGAUCAUGAAACUGGAUGGAUUGUCACAAAGGGAAAUUUUGACCAUUUAGAAAAUACAGUUCUUUCCUUCUUUGUAAAAGCUUCAGAUGGUGGUAUCCCAAUGCGAAGUGUUCUUGUUCCUGUAUAUUUUCAUGUGCUUCCUCCUGAAACAGAUCUUCCAGCUUUUUUGCAGCAUCAGUAUGCAUUCGUGCUACCAGAGGAUACCCCUAUAGGAAGUACAGUUGGUACAAUCCAAGUUUUGCCUCGCCAGAAUCUUUUGUUUAGCAUAAUUAACGGAGGAUUGUCAAAAAAUAAUCAAGAUGGAAUAUUUGUGAUCGAUUCACACACUGGCAUUUUAAAACUGGACAAGAGACUUGAUUAUGAAGCAACUCCUUCUUAUAAGUUUUUGGUCACAGUCACAGUGCACAAUGGGAGAACGGACAUCAUUUUAACAACUAAUGUUAAAAUUGAAGUUGUGGAUUUGAAUGACAACAAACCUAUCUUUCAGACCAAUCCAUAUGAGGCUACGGUCAUGGAAGGUAUGCCUAUAGGCACCAAAGUAAUUCAAAUCCAAGCAGUUGAUGCAGAUUCAGGAGUUAAUGGACAAGUUGUAUACAGCUUGCUGCCAGCAGGUCAGUCAGAACUUGAAGAGGUUACAGAAAUAUUUGCUAUUGACAGCAACAGUGGCUGGAUCAGAACACUUAAAGACCUUGACCAUGAAAAGCAUCCAACCUACACUUUUACAGUGGUAGCUUUGGACAAUGGUGAGAUGAUGUCUCUGUCCUCAACAGCGAUAGUUCAAGUAGUUGUGACUGACAUAAAUGACAAUGCUCCAAAUUUUGUGAAUGACAUAUAUAGGGGAUCUGUUAGAGAAAGUGAUUCACCUGGUGAAGUUAUUGCAGUCCUUAGCACAAGAGAUGAUGACACGUCUGAAAUCAACUGCCAAGUCAGCUAUCAUAUUACAGGAGGAAAUGAUAAAGGGAAAUUUGCCCUAGGCCUGGUGCAGAAUGAGUGGAAAGUCUAUGUAAAGAGACCACUGGAUCGCGAAGAACAGGAUAUUUAUUUUCUGAAUAUCACAGCUACAGAUGGACUUUUUGUAUCAAGAGCAGUGGUAGAAAUCAGAGUGCUGGAUGCUAAUGAUAACAGUCCAGUCUGUGAUCAAGUCACUUAUACAGAGACAAUUUUGGAAGACAUUACACCAAAUAAAGUUAUUCUAAGGAUUGGUGCUCAUGAUGUUGAUGUUGGGUCUAAUGCAGAAAUACGGUAUUCUUUGCAUGGAACUGGCUCAGAAAAAUUUUUCCUGGAACCAGAAUAUGGUGAACUGAAAACAUUAUCAGUUUUAGACCGUGAGGAAACUCAAGUAUAUAAUUUGAUUGCCAGAGCAACAGAUGGUGGUGGGCGCUACUGCCAGUCAGGAAUAGUUCUGUUAUUGGAGGAUGUGAAUGACAAUCCACCUAUAUUUUCCUCCAAUCAUUAUACUCAGUCUGUUUAUGAAAACACAGCAAUAAAGGCUUUGCUGGCAAAGGUUGAAGCAACAGAUCCAGAUACAGGCCCAAACAGAGAUGUAGAAUAUGUACUUGUUGACUCUGCUGAUGGAUUUUUCUCCAUUGAUAAGUAUUCUGGAAUCAUCAGUCUGGAAAAGGCAUUGGAUAGAGAGCAGCAAGCAUUAUACAAUCUCACCAUCAAAGCUACAGAUCAAGGAAUAUCAAGGAAACUCUCAGCUUUCACCAUGGUUUCUAUCGUUGUGUUGGACAUCAAUGAUAAUCCACCAGUUUUUGAGAGGCGAGACUAUCUAGCCACAAUUGCGGAAGAUGUAGGCUUGGGAACUGAGAUUUUAGUUUUGUAUGCUGCCAGCAAGGACAUUGGUGCAAAUGCAGAAAUUACGUACAAUAUUAGAUCUGGUAAUGAACAUGGAAAAUUCAAAAUUGAUCCUCAAAAAGGAAUUGUUUCUAUAAUUGAAUAUCUCGACUAUGAAACUUGUAAGGGUUACUACCUUACAGUUGAAGCCAGAGAUGGAGGCUCUCCUUCACUGAGCGCAGUCACUACAGUAAAUGUCAAUAUAACAGAUGUCAAUGAUAAUGCACCAGAGUUCAGUAGAGAAGUAUACAAUGCUGUUAUCAGUGAAGAUGCAUCUAUCGGAGACUCGGUCAUUAAGGUUCUGGCAGAAGAUUGUGAUAGUCAGAUCAAUGCACAGAUUCAUUUUUCCAUUGUGAAUGGAGACCCAGACAACUACUUCAAUAUUAGUCCAGUCACAGGCUUAAUCAAGGUCAAAGAGCGACUUGAUAGAGAAAAAAUAUCAGGGUAUUCAUUAACUGUGCAAGCCAAAGACAGUGGAACACCUUCCAUGUCAUCUACAGUUACUGUGAAUAUCGAUGUCUCAGAUAUUAAUGAUAAUCCUCCUGAUUUCAUCCCAGCAAAUUAUUCAGCUGUCAUUCAGGAAAAUAAAUCUGUGGGCACCAAUAUCCUGCACCUUUCAGUGACUGACAAGGACUCUUCCCACAAUGGGCCUCCGUUCACAUUCACGAUAGUUGCUGGAAAUGAUGGGAAUGAAUUUGUUUUAGAUCAACAAGGGGUUCUGAGAUCUGCAAUUGUGUUUAAACAGAGGGAUGCAACAGAAUACCUUCUGCAUGUGCAGGCUCAGGACUCUGGCAAGCCACCACUGUCGUCUUCCACCUAUAUCCUUGUUAAUGUGAUUGAAGAAAGCAUUCAUAAACCAACUGCUAUUCCACUUGAAAUUUUUAUUUCCACAAUAGAGGAUGAGUUUCCAGGAGGUGUAAUUGGGAAGAUCCAUGCUACUGAUCAAGAUAUGUAUGACAUCCUUACCUAUGGCUUAAAGUCAGACCAAAGAAGUCUGUUCACUAUAAAUAGCCAAGAUGGGAAGAUUAUUGCACUUGAUGGACUGGACAGUGGCAAUUAUAUUUUGAAUGUGUCUGUCAGUGAUGGGCGCUUCACUGUACCUGUUGAAGUUGUAGUUCAUGUUGAGCAGGUGACUCAGGAUAUGUUAAACAAUGCGAUAAGUAUUCAAUUCAAAAACAUCUCUCCUGAAGAUUUUGUUGGACUUCACCUCCAUGGAUUUAGACAGAGCCUUCGGAACAUUAUUGCUGCCCAAAAGCAAGAUACCCUUCAUAUCAUUAGUAUCCAGCCAGUUGCAGCCACACAGCAACUUGAAGUUUUGUUGGCAGUACAAAUGUAUAGAAAUGGGUUUUACAGAUCUUCUUAUUUGAUUCAGAAGCUUAGCAAUGCAAAAAAUGACCUAGCAAAUGAUCUCCAUAUUUCCACUAUAAUGGAUAAGAGCUGCUCUGGUGAGGAGUGCAAAGAACAGUAUUGUGAGCAGGUGACUGCUGCAGAAACACAAUCCAUGAUGACCUACAGCACUGCAAGGAUUAGCUUUGUGUCCCCCAGAUACUUCAGGGAUGCAACUUGCACUUGCAAUGGUGACAUAUGUCCUAUUGUUUCUGAUGCUUGCCAAGACAAACCUUGCCCAAAUGACAUGCAUUGUGUUCAAGGAGGUGUAGGACAAGGACCAUAUACCUGUCAGUGUCCACCAGGAAAUUUGGGAGAAUGUUCAGGUCAUGCAUCCCUUAGCUUUGCUGGAAACAGCUACAUUAAGUAUCGGGUGGCAGAGAACAGUAAAAGAGAUGAACUGAAAUUGGGGCUGCAUUUGAGAACACUGCAGAGUAAUGGAAUAAUAAUGUAUGCUGAAGGAGAUUAUUGUGUCAUCCUAAAGAUUGUGGAUGGAAAACUCUGGUUUCAAUUGGACUGUGGGAAUGGGCCUGGCAUUGUGGGAAUUUCUGGCAGAACAGUUAACGAUGGGAAUUGGCACACUGUCUUUCUGGAUCUCAACAAGAAUUUUACAAGCCUUGCACUUGAUGACAGCUAUGUGGAGCGUCGAUGGGCUCCUUUCAACGUUCACAUACUCAGUAUUGAUAACUACAUCUACUUUGGGGCCCAGGUUCCAGCUGCUCAUGGCUUGUUAAGCCAUAAGAGUGCACAGGUUCUUGGUGGGUUUCAAGGAUGCCUGGACUCUGUUGUCCUUAAUGAUAACCAGUUGCCACUCCAAAACAAGCACAGUCACUUUGCUGAAGUGGUUGGCCUGACAGAACUGAAACUCGGCUGUGUCUUGUAUCCAGACACUUGUGCAGGAGAACCAUGCCAGAAUGGAGGAAAUUGUAUAAGCCAGCCAUCUGGUGGUUAUCAGUGCAGCUGUCUGCCACAGUUUACAGGAAACCAAUGUGAAAUUGAAGUUACAUCCUGCUUCCCAAACCCCUGUCAGAAUGGGGGCUCCUGCAAUCCAUUAGGCAGUGAUUUUGCCUGCAACUGCAAAGAAGGAUUUAUGGGUUUGAUGUGUGAAGAGGACAUCGAUGAAUGUAACACAGAAGAGUGCCAAAAUGGAGGAACGUGCUUAAAUACCUUGGGCUCAUUCCAGUGCAACUGUACUUCAGGAUAUAUAGGGCUGUACUGUGACCUCAGGCCAGUUGUGGUGCCCAAUAUACAACCUGGACAUCCCUAUGUUGGCAAAGAGGAAUUUAUCGGAAUAGCUGUGAUCUUACUAGUUCUGAUGAUACUGGUGAUACUUUUUGCAAUUUUUCGAAAGAAGGUCUUCAAAAAGCAUGCACGUAACAAUAUGACUGUAGUGCAGGACCCUGCAACUGCUGCUCUGCUUAAUAAGCCUAAUGGUAUUCAGUUCAAAGGUAUUAGGAAUAAUGGUGACAGUCGUAAGAUUUACCAAGAAACUGGAGGUCCUCCUCAAGUGCCAGUGAGGCCUAUGGCAUACACACCAUACUUCCAUAGUGAUUCAAGAAACAAUUUAGACAAAAUUGAUGGAAUGCAGAUGGAGCAUCAAGAAAUGAGCACCUUUCACCCUGAAUCGCCUCAACUUCUAACUACACGUAGAGGCGUUGUUGUGUGCAGUGUGGCCCCAAAUCUCCCUACAGUUACUCGAUCUGUCUCUGCCUAUGAUUCAUUAAGAAAAAAUACCUGGGAUAGAGAUAGAGAUGGAAAAGCGGACAUUAUUGAGGAUGCAGCGGGCUUUACUGGAAGUACAAAAGGUAGCAAUUCUGAGGUGCAGUCACUCAAUUCCUUCCAGUCUGACUCAUGUGAUGACAAUGUGUCCCUUGCCGAGGAGGGGCAGAACUACAACAGAGCAUAUCAUUGGGAUACCUCAGACUGGAUGCCAAGCACUCGACUACCAAAUAUUGAAGAAGUACCACAUUAUGAAGCAGCAGAUACUGCCCCUGUGCAUCAUGAGAAUACGCGAUCAUUAGACGCUGACUACUACCUCGGUGGAUAUGACAUAGACAGUGACUUUCCACCUCCUCAAGAUGAGGAAUUCCUGGGCCAGGAUCAACUUCCUCCUCCCUUGCCAGAGGAUUACCAGGAUCAAUACGAGAUCAUCCAGUCACCCCAGACCACAUCCACAUUGAACGCUUUAAACUCCAAUGGCAGAAGACCACACUUCCAUCCCAGCCAGUACCUUCCGCCUCACCAGUUGCCUGCAGGAGAGCCUGUUGGUAUCCAGGAUGAGACUGGCUAUGGUGCAUUCCCUGCAGGUUCAAACCAAGACUUGGAUAAAGUGAUUAGGGACAAUAUAUCAAUGCCCGUACUUGCAUCAACAAAUGCAUCAUCUUCAGAUAUGUCGAUGAGCUGUGGUUUUGAUGAUUCUGAAGUAGUGAUGAGUGACUACGAGAGUGAUGAUGAACUUAAUUUUGAUAAUAUUCAUAUCUCUUUUGUAGAAUCUCAAUAUCAGACACAGGUGUGACAACUACAUGGGCCACUUCAGAGCUAAAAAUGAACAAUUUAGCUACACUGGAAGUAAAGAGAUGCAGUUGCAGGAAGAUGAAGAGCUUUCCAUUACUCAUUUGCAUCCGCAUGGAACUGAUGAACAAAGUAAAUUAGAAUGAGUUGCUUUCUGCUAAUUGGGUACAAAUUUCACGACAUAAUACCCACAAAAUACUCCUUCCAAUAUAUCUACAAAUAAGAUUUCUUUUCAUGAAUGAGUUUCAUUUAUUUGUAAUAGUCAUGUUAUGGUUUCAAGCUAAGUCACUAUUGGAGUUGUAAGUGCAGAAAAGAAUCCUGGAUGAUAUUUUAACAUAUUGUUCCUGUGGAAACUCAUUUGAUACUGUUAGGUUAAGUGAUUUUCUGAUGCUAUAAAAUACUAAUCAACAGUAAUAGUCUAUGUAAGCAUUCCCCAAUGCAGUGCUUAAGAGACAAAGUAACUAGUAAUGGCACUUUCGGGAAAUAAUAUAAAUUAAAUUUACUGGACUCCUAACACAUAUUGCUAUAGUCUAGUAGUAUACUAGCAAGGCAUCAGUUGUCUAGGAGAAGGGCAGUACAUAUUUAGCAAUCCAUCUUGCAUAAUUUAAUUCUGACUGUUCACUUCCUUGCUGGUUACAGUAUCAAUCAUAUUUGCGCACAGUCCUGAAGUAAUUGACUCACUGCAGUAAGGUUAAAGCAGUGAAAUGAAGUAGAAUAGUAACCACUUAAAAAAAAAAAGCCAACCCAAAAUACCUAACCAAAAUAAAGCUCGCACCUCUUCUCUGCUCUUACAAAUUAUCUAAUUGCUAUAGCAUUUCUACCAUGUUGUAUUCCUAUAUCAAAGCACAUAGAAUGUAACAUGAGAAAUCAAUCUGCUAAGUACACUUGCAAAUACAGUGGAGUCAAGUUAUUUAAAUGUUAAAACAAGUAUGAAGGGAAAUGGGAAUGUCAAUUCAUAUGUGAAUAAAUAGAAUUGCACUGCUGGCUAGAAUUGAUGUAUAUUUGGAAUUAAAAAUGCAUUUUUAUUGAUCUUGUCUAAGGAGCUAUUUGACAAGCUCAUGUGUUUUGACAAUGAGAAAGGUGCACUGUGAGAUGUAUUUGCUUAAUGUAAAGGUCUUGCAACAAAACCUUUGGAAUUAAAUAUACAAGCCACUUUUGUACUUUUGAGUUUUUACAUAAUGAUAAGGUCAGACAUAUUAAUGCAGGAUUCCAUCCUUACAAGUAAUAUCUGCUGUAAUCAUAUAAUCUUCGGUUGUCCUGAAAAUUCAGUAGCCUACAAAGUAACUUUUCAAAGUCAUGUGAUUGGAAAUAUAAAUUUUAAAUCUUGCAAAUAUUUCAAACUCAGAUUAGGCCAGAAUUUAGGUUGGUAAAUUUUAAAUUCACUUUCUGAAAUUUCUAAACAGUAAUGAAUGUAUUUCUAUUACAAAUUAUUUUACUUGCACAUUAUGCAAAGCUUUUUGCAAUUUAAUAAUUGAUUCAAUUAUGCUUUUGGCCUGUGAGAAAGGUCAAUGAUUCCCCAUACAGUAUUAUCUCUGGUAAUACAGGGUUAAUCAGUUUUGUGAAAGCAUACUUAUACAUGCAGUGAAAAGAAUUUGCACGUAGAUUAACAGCUGGAAUUUAAUUCUGAUCUAGCCUAAGUCACACAAGUUGCUUAUUGGGGAACUUUGAUCUGAUUCAGUCCAGUUUCUACAAGUUGCGCUUUCCACAUUAGCCUGCUUUUAAGUUCAUAACUUGAAUAAAAUGUGAAGAAUUUCUAUUUUUUCAUCCAUCUUUAGAGUCUGGCAAAAGCUAACCUGUCAUGGAUAUCCCAUAAUAGGUUUACAUCUCAACUGUUCUUCAUUCAUUUAUAUGUAAAUUAUCUUAAGUAGCUGUGGGUCUAUGAAACUUAUUUUAGAAAAUUGUGAAAUUUGAUACACCUAUAGAUUUAUAAGCUUUUGUAGUAUUACAUGGUCGUCAUGUUGUGUAUUAUUUUUACUUGCUAUUAACAGGCUUUGUAAAGAUGUAAGUUUAUGUGUUUAAAAAGUUUGUACAAAGUGUACAUAGAUAUAGAUUGGGUUGUUUAAAUUUUGCAAGCAUUUGUAGAUAUUUGUAGAUAAUGUGUUCUGGGAUGCCUUGAAUUUCUUUUUCUGAUAAAGGUGUAUUAUCAAUCCAAAGCAGAGAUUGAUUAACAUUGUUGGACUAUAUCUAAAGAAGAAAAAGUAUCAAAUGGUUCAACAAAAUCCAAUCACUUCAUUUUGAUAACCCAAAUACUAAUUUUACUGUUGCUGAAGAUUAUCAAUGAGGUAAAACAAAAUAGACUUCAAAUAAUGUCUUGCAAUAAACUCAGCAAGUCCAGUUUUUCUUGAAUUUUGAGGUCGCACAAGACAAUGUUCUAAGGGUUGUGUUUUUGAUAGCUACUGUGAAUAAGCCAAGUCAUUGUCAAAACAUGGCUAAAUAGCGCAAAAGAACAAGUUUUUUCCGUGUUAACAAAAGGAAAACAGAUGUCAGCAGAACUUGAUCCGUUUCGAUGAUCAGCUGUGUAAUCAGUGUUGUUGGCAGUAUUAAAAAAAAGUGUAGUACUUUAUGAUGACUCAAUUGUUGUCCAUUGUACAAAUUGAUUUUUAACUGCCUCUACAUUUCUUAAGUGGAUGUAACAAUAAAUUGUGUUUUUAAUUAG